GUGGUCAUUUGUUUCAUAGAAAAUUUAGAAAAAUGGCCUCGAUCAUGAAAGACGUUUGUGGAAAUUCUCUGACCUGCUCCAGUCCCGAGGCACUUAAACUAUACAACCAAGCUCUGGGUCAUUUUGUUAGCACUCGCUCUAUAUUUCUAAAGCCACUCCAGCGGGCUAUAGAGCUUGAGAGUGGCUUUACCAUGGCUAGAUGUCUCAUGGGCACUAUCAUGUGUGAUCCAUUUGUGAGAGACAGUGCUACAAAUGCAGAGUAUUUGGAUAUCCUCAAUCAUGCAUACCCAAAUGCACUUGACAGGGAGAAGAGACAUAUUGAGGCAUUUAAAGCACAGAUAGAGGGUAACGUGCCCAAAUCAUCUGAACUUUAUGAUCAAAUCACAAUAAAGUAUCCUAGAGACCUUCAAGCUGUCAGGCUUGCAUUUGGCGAUUAUUUAACGAUUGGAGACUUUGAGAAGAUGAGGAACAUGAUGUCAAGAGCCGUCAUUCAUUGUCCUAAGGAUUUUGUCCUCUAUCCAUAUGUAUUGAGCCUGUAUGCCUUUUCUCUAGAGGAGACAAAUGAGAGGCAGUAUGCUGAGGAACUUUGCAGGGAAAGUCUUACAUUACAACCAGUUAAUCCAUGGGCGUCUCAUACUAUGGCUCAUGUGAUAGAGGAGGUUUAUAAAGCUGAGAAAGGAGUGGAUCAUUUGAUAUCAACAAGGCAGCAUUGGAGCUCUUGCUUACUCUCACAUCAUAUAACGUGGCAUUUAACACUAUUCUACUUUGACUUGAAUCAGACUGAUAAGAUAUUGAAAGAGUUUGAUCAGGUCAUGGCUCCAAACAUGAAACCUGGGAACAUGUUUCAACUGUUGGAUGCAUCAUCUCUUCUCUGGCGUCUCAAUGUGAUGGGGAUUGAUCCUGGCGAAUCUAGAUGGAAACUUGUUACUGAAGCAUUUCAGGUUCAAGUGGGAAACCCCUCUCAUUCAUGGCUUGAAACUCACCUAAUGAUGUCCCUGUGCUAUGGUAAAGUGACUGCUGAUACUGCUAGACUUGCUUUAGCAAAUCAAGUUAUACAAUCAAUGGAGGUGUAUUCAAAGGAGAGUACAUCAAGUGACUGCAGUGUUGCUGAUCUGUUAGGUGUGCCUGUAUGUAAUGCAUUAUUAGCCUAUGGACAAGAAAAAUAUGAUGAAGUUCUGUCACUGAUGCUUCCUCUGAGAUACGAUUUCAUCAAGUUUGGUGGAAGCUGGGCACAAAGACAAGUAUUUGAACUAACUAUUAUAAUGGCUGCCAUUAAAGCUAAUGAUUUGUCUCAAGCUCUUGCUCUUAUAAUUGAGCUAAAAUCUAAGAAACCAAACAGCAAGGUCCUCCAAAGACUCUACAAUAAGAUAUCGUCUAAAGUUGCUGCCAAGAAUUAACUAAACAACACAUAUUUAAAUAUUUUUGCUUUUAUUUUUUUGUUAUUAUCAACUCUCAUUGAAACCAGA